AUGUCGACUCAAAUAGCGAAGAUGCGCGAAGAUGGCACAUUGAAAGCAUUCGAAGAUAAAUGGUUAAAGCAUCAAUCUGCAGUGAUGUCAACAGAUUUUUCUUCUCCUUCGCCAAAAAUAUUGGAUAUUUAUGGGCUUAGAGGUCUCUUUCUGAUCAGUGGUGUGUCGAUGGUAUCGGCCCUUUUGUUGUCAAUGAUUCAUCUUGUUCGUGAAAAAAUUAAGAUGAAGAAAUGGAAGUGCAUCUUACGAAGAUCUGCUGACAUUCAAGUACAUGAUCUAAGUGAUGAGGAAUCAACUAUCUGA